AUGGCGUCGCAUGUAGCCUCGUUAGGACUCCAUUUGCACUGCGAUCGCUCGUCCAUUCACCACCCUCUCUCCUCGCCUUCGCCCCAUCUUCUUUCGUCCAUUCGACCGGUGACUAUUUCCAGAACCAAGCCCCGCCAUUCGCGACGUUCGAACAUCUCGCUCGCGUGCUCCCUGGUAACCAACUCAGUGGCCAGGCAAAGUCGUGCGUUGCUCACGACUACCUCUUCGCACUCUCAGACGGUCCGGUUCGGCUUAACAGCGGAAACCAUACCUGCACUUCUUCCCUCCCGCCUCUUUCUCUCCGGGGAUCAGCAGUCUUUAGUAGGUGGAGCGGUUGGGAAGCAGAACCGGCUGUGCGGCGUGAAGCGGCGGGGAGCGGUGCAGGCGCGGAGCUCUUGGCGGGAGGAUGGCUCUGCGGAGGGCGCGGAAGGCGCGCGGAUCAAGGUGGUGGGCGUCGGAGGAGGCGGAUCGAAUGCGGUGAACCGCAUGGUUAAGAGCGGCAUGCGCGGAGUGGAGUUCUGGAUCACGAACACGGACCGGCAGGCCAUGGCGCUCUCGCCCGUCGACGAGCCGCACCGCCUGCAGAUCGGCGGCGCGCUCACGCGCGGGCUGGGCGCGGGGGGGAAGCCGAGCAUUGGGGAGAGGGCGGCGGAGGAGAGCCGCGAGGGGCUGCAGAACGCGGUUAUGGGCGCGGACAUGGUGUUCGUCACUGCGGGCAUGGGGGGCGGAACGGGCAGCGGGGCAGCACCAGUCGUGGCGGAAAUCGCGCAAGCCCUCGGUAUACUCACAGUGGGCAUAGUCACGCUCCCGUUCACCUUCGAGGGGCAGCGGCGGCGCGUGCAAGCACUAGACGCAGUAGCAGCUCUGAGGCAACACGUGGACGCUCUGAUUGUGAUCCCCAACGACCGGCUUCUGGAGGCUGUGGAUAAGAGCACGCCUAUUAACGAGGCGUUCACUCUCGCGGAUGAUGUGCUGCGGCAAGGCGUGCGCGGCAUAUCGGAUAUCAUUCAGGUUCCUGGGCUAGUGAAUGUGGACUUUGCUGACGUCAGGGCAGUCAUGGCCAAUGCCGGCCCAUCCCUCAUGGGCGUCGGCGUUGCGCAAGGCAAGGACCGGGCACGCAAGGCAGCGCUGGGUGCGAUCCACUCGCCACUCCUGGAAGUGAGCAUAGAGCGCGCCACUGGCAUCGUGUGGAACAUCACAGGUCCCCCCGACAUGACGCUUCUCGAGGUGAAUGAGGCAGCGCAGGAAAUUCACCAGCUGGUGCAUCCAGACGCCAACCUGAUCUUCGGUGCUGUGGUCGAUGAAUCCAUGGCACCCAAUGUCAGCAUCACCCUCAUCGCAACCGGCCUUAAAGAACCGGGCUCGCAAUCUGAGCUUCCAGCAGCAGCAAGGGUGCUAGGAAGCCGAAUGCCCUUCCCCCCACAGCAGCAGCAGCAGCCACCGUACAGUCCACCACUCCCUCAACAGCAGCCAGGGCCGUCCUCCCCUCCCCCCAUCCCUGACUUUCUCCGACGACGAUCCCGAGGCCUCUGA